AUGUGUCGUCGUCUUCUAUUUUACGGUUCUCCACUCGCCAUCGCCACGAGGCGCACCUCUGGGUCUUCAGAAACAGCUGCGAUGUGCGGUGAAGGCGCGAGACAUUCGGCCGCAUACACCAGCGCUAGUACUCCUACUAGUAUCACAACGUGUAGACCCACCCAAAAUGAGUUCACAGCGCACAGCUUAUCAUUUGAGCAUUAUGUGGAUGUUGUGCUGGCAGCGGUUGUCCCUCGCACAGAAACACGCGAUAUUCAGAGCACCGUUACUGUCGCUGUCUCGUCCUCCGUUUCUCCACUACUGCGCGUUACGCAUUACCUUUUUUCAAAACUUCCUUCUUCUACCUCGUCCACCCCCCCCCGCCCGGCUCCAUCCAACGCGUCCUUCUCUCAUAUUUUCGUUUACCUCUCUUCCCCCCCACAGGUGCCGUGGUCGACCACGGUGCACCACGGCGUGCGCUCGUCACGCCACACAAAUACCCGAAAGCAGUGCCUAGCAUGCAACCACAAUGAGUUGAAGGCCGGUGCUACGCUCGUGCUCUUGCUGUUGCUUUCGUGUAUUAACAAGGUGCAGCCGGCAGCAGCGGGGCUUUAUUCCUCGUCGGGCCCCGUGAAGGUCAUGAAUGCACAAGAGUUCAAGGAUAAUGUUGUCAAGAGCCAUGACCUCCACAUCGUUGAAUUCUUUGCUGACUGGUGUGGGCAUUGCCAACAGUUUGCUCCGGAAUACGAAAAGGCCGCAAAAGCACUGAGAGGCAUCGUCAAAUUUGUUGCUGUCUCUGAUCAGUCCGCAAUGGGAGAGUAUGAAGUUAGAGGCUUUCCUACUGUGAAGGCGAUUAUUGGAAAAGGUGGCGCUACACCAAAAACAUUCGAUUACAAUCAAGCACGUACUGCCUCCGCUCUAGUUGAUUUCGCCCUUCAGCAUCUCGGAAAACUUGCUAGGGCCAGACUCGCAGGGAAAGUGGACGCUGGAGAAGAUACGAAAGGGUCGAGCAGUUCAAGUGGAAGCAGCAGCGAUAAGAAAAAGAAAGAAGGGCCUUCAGACGUCGUUGUUUUAACUGACGAAAACUUCAACAAAACUGUUAUGAAAGAUUCCAAAAAUGUCUGGUUUGUUGAAUUUUAUGCCCCGUGGUGUGGCCAUUGCAAGUCACUUGCACCUACGUGGGAGGAACUGGCAACCGUACUCAAAGGAAAGGUUCGCGUGGGAAAAGUUGACGCCACUACCGAAAAAAUUCUUGCUAGCACCUAUCAAAUUCAGGGAUUCCCAACGUUAAAGCUCUUUCCACUUGGAGAGAAGAAUGUUGCGCUUGUAAAAGAUUAUGAAGGAUCUCGUACUCUAGAAGCCCUCACAAACUAUGCUCUUGAGUUUUACAGCGCUAAAGUACAAGCAGAGCAACUACUUAGUGAAGAGCAACUGCAAGAAAGUUGUGGAAAGCGUCUCUGUCUAGUUUCUUUUCUUCCUCACAUUCUGGAUAGUUCUGUGGAGAAAAGAAAAGAAUACCUGGAUAUUCUCAAUCAGAUUACCCGCGCAUCUUUCCAUAUGCCAAUCACUUUUCUCUGGAGUCAGGGAGGCGAUCAAUAUGAACUCGAAGAGCAACUCAGUCUUGCCUUCGGUUAUCCCGCUGUCGUAGCCAUUCAUCUCGCCAAGGGUAAAUACUCCGUGCAUCGUGGAGAUUUCAGCCGGGAAAGCAUAGGCACAUUCCUUACUCAGUUGCUGGCAGGAAAAGCUCCGGUGUCUGACCUGCCAAAGCAGCUGAAGAAGCUCCAGACGGUGGAUGCAUGGGAAGGUGUCGGAGAGAGUGAAGGGGAGAGUGAUACGAAGAGGAAAGAAGGGGAAGAGGAGGAGAAACGCUUACAGCAGCUACUGAACGCAUGCGUGUGCGUUCGCGCCUUGCGGUGUGUGUACACCCAAAAAGUGUACACGGACACAAACAUGUUCAAGGGCCUCUUCAGCGUGACUUGCCAACAUUACCGCAGCUUCAGGUACUACAGCCACUAA